GUGGGAAUGUUUGUUUUCCGUUUCACACACCGCUGAACAUUCACAACAGCGCAAGGGUGAAUGUUCAGUUGUCAAGCUUCAGUGCUGAGAUUUGAGCACUUAAUAACAGAAGAAUGAAGAUUGAUAUUCAUAAUCAUAUUUUACCAAAGGAAUGGCCAGACCUGAAACAGAGAUAUGGAUAUGGCGGAUUUGUUCAACUUCACCAUCACUGCAAAGGAGAAGCUAAAAUGAUGAAGGAUGGGAAAUUAUUCAGAGUGAUCCAAGAAAACUGCUGGGAUCCAGAGGCUCGAAUUCGGGAUAUGGAAAAACAUGGUGUGACAGUACAGGCCCUUUCCACUGUACCUGUGAUGUUUAGCUACUGGGCCAAACCUAAUGACACACUGGACCUGUGUGGGAUUCUCAACGAUGAUCUGGCUGCUACAGUGAAGCAAUAUCCAAAACGUUUCGUUGGGUUGGGUACUUUGCCCAUGCAGGCCCCUGAUCUGGCAGUACAAGAGAUGAGACGCUGUGUGAAUCAGCUGGGCUUUCCUGGAGUGCAAAUUGGCUCUCAUAUAAACACAUGGGACCUCAAUGCCCCAGAGCUGUAUCCUGUCUAUGCUGCCGCGGAGGAGCUCAACUGCUCGCUAUUUGUGCAUCCGUGGGACAUGCAGACAGAUGGUAGAAUGGCAAAAUACUGGCUGCCUUGGUUAGUUGGUAUGCCAGCAGAAACUACAAUGGCAAUUUGUUCCAUGCUUUUUGGAGGUGUUUUUGAAAGAUUUCCUAAACUUAAGGUCUGCUUUGCUCACGGAGGCGGUGCUUUUCCAUACACUGUUGGCCGAAUUGAGCAUGGAUUUAAAGUGCGACCUGAUCUUUGUGCUACUGACAACAAGAUCAACCCACGCAAAUAUUUAGGAUCCUUCUACACUGAUUCGCUAGUGCAUGACCCACUUUCACUGAAGUUACUCGUUGAUGUCAUUGGACAGGACAAAGUGAUGUUAGGAACAGAUUAUCCAUUUCCACUGGGAGAACUGGAGCCGGGUACAUUGAUCCAAUCCAUGGAUGAGUUUGAUAGCUUACUAAAGGAUAAACUGCUUGCUGGAAAUGCUCUGGACUUUUUAGGGCUCUCAAGAAAACAGUUUGAGUGACUGAUCAGCUGUAUCUGUAUCUGAUUAAAGAUCAUCAUUCUGUCUGUUCUGUCUAAAGUUAACUGUGUGGAUAAUACAGUAUUAGAAAAAAUAAUAAAUAAAAUAAAAUUACAUCUUUUUUGCCA